GCUUCACUUCGUGGUUCGAGGAAACGAAGAUGUGGGCGAACAAACCAGCCCUGCCUGCGCGCACCACGGAGCGGCUCGGAGCCAGAGCGAGGCUGUAGUCCCGGAGAGCAGGACCACCAUGUCUCCGUGGCGCGUCUCCAUCGUCCUCGUCCUGGGCUUGGUGUGGUAUUUCUCGGAGUGCGGCCGCUCGGUCACACAGUAUUUCCUGGGCUUCAUCUUCUGCCUUUCUUCCCCGCUGUUGUUUGGAAACAGCGGACGGGAGAGCGGAACUCAGACCGAGGAGGAGACGGAGGGAAACCUGGCCCAGGACUCUGCUGAUGGAGGCUUGUUGUUGGCUGGCAUGACUGAUGGCCAAACUCAGGCUGAACCCCUGGAGUCCCAGUAUCCACACGUCAAGAGGUCUCUGCAACAAGUGUUCGAGUGCGUCUACGCUCAGCUGGUCCUGCCUUGGUACGCUGUCCCCGAGCAAUGCGAGGACCAGCCUCUGCACCAGGUGCUCAGCAAGGAGUUUGACUUUGUAAUCGACCGCAUCAUUGAGAGAGCCGAGGACUUUGAUGUCUGCCAGGCGGUGGUGGGCUCCAUUCGGAUUUUGACUCAGCACUUGCAUAAUGCAAAGCAGUCUGACAGAGAGCUCUUGUUCGGCUCCAGAGCAGAGGAGAUCGCUGUUCUCAGAGAGCUCUCUGACGCUCUGGUACGUAACCUUUUCCCCAAGUCUCUCUGGGGCCAAGAAGUCAACCGCUGUGCCUUAAAUGAGAUCAUUGCUUUAAAGGGGUUGGGACUCCUGGUUACAUGGUUGUCCGACCCAGACAACCUGAACCAGCUGGUGGUGAGCCAGCUCGGCAGCGUGACCCCCAAAAGCUCUGCAGAGGAGCUGUGUGGGUCCGACCCGGAUCAAAGCUCCCUGGCUUCACAGGAGGGCGCGGCGGAGGGCGAAGGCGGCGAAGUGAACUUGAAGGGAGCUGAGAGUUCGACUGGAACCAGGAUCAAGGGCAAACGGAAAGGGAACAAGUUGAAGGAAGGUUGGUCAAAAUUUGUGGACAAGAUGAAGUCCAAAAAAGCAAAGAAGAAGAAAAUGAAGAAGAUGGAGCAGGCGCUGGUGAUGAGGAUCAUAUCGAUCCAGGGAGACGGGCCCAACGAGGAGGACGCCAGCAGCAGGGAGGGCUCGGUUCACACCCAGGAGGACUCUGACAGGGAGGACAGUGAUCUGGAGAACUACCUGACGAGCGUCCAGGAGGACAUGAUGGAAUUCAAGCUGUCGUACGAGAUGUGGCGGGUCGGCCGCUGGGCCGUCAGCAUCCCUCACGCCGACUGGGAGGAUGAGGAGCUAACCUUCACUCUUCACCUGGAGGAGAAGGACAGCCCGGAGAAUCUGCAGUGGGACAUCAAGAAAACCUACAUGGAUGUCAUAUAUUUCCGUAACAGAUGGCAGGACUCCACCAGUCUUCCUCUGAUCCCGGAGCUGAAGGCGUCGGAGGUCAGAGACGAGGCCAUCGAAUCAGCUCGAGUGUCGGUGGAGCAUUUCUUACAGGAAUUGGUUUCUGAUCAUUUGAUCGGUCACACUCAGCCAGUUUUUCAGUUCCUCUGUCCUCUCGACAAACUGUUGAAUGAGGAGGAACAUUACGGAGGCGUGUGGGGCCUUCUCAGUGGCUUGGCUUACUUCCUGACCCCUGGAUAUGAGGAAGAAGAGAGCUCCAGCCCUCAAACAGAGGCCCCGAAAGAAAACCUGAUCUCAUCCCUGCAUCCGGAAAGCUCUGCCGUGUCUUUAGAAAACCACAGUGCCUCUGCUGAGAAAGGCAGCGGCGAUGAUCGCGGCUCUUCUCUGCCGGCUAUUGUUAUCUCCCAGUGUGAGUCUAAUACAAAGCUGCAGGAAGCUGCAGAGACGGACCCGCUGCCCGACGUUAACUCAGACCCCUCCAGCGAAAACGGCUCCCAGGACAGAGCGGAGGACUCCGACAACCCCUUAACCUCCCACUUCAAAAUGAUCCUCCGAGGGCUGACGCGGUCCAGGUCGCAGGAGUCUCUGGCCUCGGCGAGAGCCGGCUGCGAUGAAGACCCGCCGGAGUUGGACUGCUGCCGGGAGAGCGCUGAGGGGCCGUCGCGGAUUCAUUUCAGCGCACGGUCUGGCAAAAAGGAGAAAAUAUGUUUCAGGAUGUCUGGUGGAGCAAGUAAGGCAAAAGGGAAGGAGACGCAGGGCGCUUUACAGAGAGGAGAGGACUCCCAACUUCAGAAGAGCCAAGUCCACUGGGAGCAGCUGGAGGCGACCAAAGCCAUAUUUGAUCUUCUGAAAGAAAUAUCUGGCAACUCGAUCCUCAUAAAUAUAUUUGAUGCCAUUUUGAAGCCUGUGAUGCCCAUCUUGAAAAAAAAGGUGAACUCUUUCCUCAACAAAAUGAACCCGACAGAGGUGCAGAUGGCUGCGUACAUCGACACUAUGCGAAGCAAACUGUGGCCUGAGUUUCAGCCGCCGGCGCCUCCUUCUCCCCGCACCGACGAAGACAAGGACGAGACCAGGGACCGUGCGCACUGCCUGAUCAACGCCAAAUAUUCAAAUUACCUCGUCUUAAAGAAGACUGACAUGGAGUCAGUUUUUAAUCUUUUCCAGGACUGCAAAGAAAACAAAACACUGGUCUAUAUUCUCCUGUCAUUCCUGGUAAGAGAGUUUUUCCCCAACGAGCAGUCUUUGAGCGUGAGCGCUGCUGCCCUGCAGAAAGUGACCAACUCCAACUGAUCUGUGAACCCUUCAGUGUGUUUUUAACAGGACUCUGCAACGUUUUUUUUUUAGAAUUCUCUUCAAAGGUUUAUUUAUUAAUCAUGUUAUAUUGCCUUAAAACAUUUUUGACCACUUUUGUAUCAAUGUCAAAGGCACUUCAGUCGUUUUUACCUCAAACACACUGUGAAUGUUUCUUCUGUACUUUGUGAUUUUUUAAAUGGCUUUUUUUGUGAAAUCAGGCAUGUUCUUCGUGGGAGCUAGUUUUUGAUAUUGUACUUUGUACUGUUGAUGAGGACAAAUAAAACUCCAUUUUCUUAUAAUUCACACUUCACAUUUUAUUGGAAAUGAGCUAAACCUUUCUGAAAUACUAUGUCACUUUGAGCACUUUUGUACGGUGAGUGUUUGUACGCUGGUUCUUUUGACCUCCACUUUCAUGAAUAUCGAAUGUCUGACCGUUUUUAAUGGCAUACGUCUGGCUGAAUGUGGGCAGCACCACUGCUGAAGCAAACUUGAAAUAUUGUUAAAGCACCAAACCUGAAUUGAUUCCAAAUAAAAUGUUUUAAAGAAGGAUUUU